UUUCGUUUUUAUUUGGAGCUGCAAACAAUCGCAGAUAGCAGAGAAGUGGGACACAGAUGGAGGGAAACCUCAACAAAACUCCAGAAUCUCAAGUAAACUCCAGGGAAACUGAAGAUGUUGCAACCAAAAGACCACGRCAGAGAAAUGAGCAACAGGCUUCAGAGAAUCCCAGCAGGAAGUUUUAUGAUAAAAGGAGGAGAAGGAGAAACCGGAGGAGGAAGAAGACUGUCUCAGAAGGUGAAAUCACGGAAACGGUGGAGAAAGAGGUUGUGGAGACGACAAGCAGCCAAACUCAGGGAGAUUUGWUUUUAGAGGAACAGCACCUGCAGGCUAGAGAUGGCUCAAAUGAUCAACACCAGAACGAUUCAAAGACGGUGGAAGCUCAGACUCUAACAAGAAAACACGAAGGUAAAAACCAGUUCACACAGACUGUGGUUGUUUCUCUGAAACAUCAGCACACACAGACUGACAUGACGACACAAAKAAUCACAAGUGAUAAAGAGAUUCAGACAGACUCAGGCGGUCCUGCUGAGACACAACAGAAACAAGAUGAACCUGAACAUAAAGCUGCUGCUCAUGUAAAGAUCAAUGAAAGUCCAGUCAAAGAUGGAGCGUCAUCGGGGUCCAAACCUGAAGAGGAGACUAAGCUGUCUGCAUGUGGGGCCGCUGAUGCAGCAACGUUUCAACCCGAAAAAGACCCCACACCCAAGUCGUAUGCCAAAGCCAUGUCUGGAGAAGGAGGAGGUGAUAAAAAGCCCAGACCAGCUGAUAAAUCAUCUCAAAGCGCUCGCGAUCGAAGCCCCGUCAGACCGCCACCCGGCGUGCCCACCUUCACCUUCCACAUCUACGCCGUGCUGGACAAAAAGUUUAGAUUCAACCAGGAACACGACAAGCUUGUGCUGUUAUCUGAUGRAAGAUAUGUACCGUUUGAAAUUACAUAUUUUCUUGGACUAAAUCAGGUGGGAUACCUGAUUGAAGCAAGUUUUUCCAUUGAGGAACACGUCUUGAAUCGAGGUGAUAAGCUGAUUUACUCUUAUGCUGUAAAGCAAAGAAWCAAAGAAAUUUCGGAAACGGCGACAAGAUAUCUUGAAAUCCCAUGGAAUCCAAACAUUAAAGAGCUUCACCUUUACGAAGGAUUCAUCUGUCGUCAAGACAAGAGUAUUUUUAAAUCCAGCCUUCACAUGGUUGGUCUGGGCAGAUCAAAAGGCGUGGAGAUUUCAGACGCCUGGCAGACUGCAGCGGCGGUUCUGCUGAACAGAAUCUUCCAGAAGUGGACUCCAUCAGACAAACAGAGCACUGAGAGCAUUUGUCACAACUUGAUGAGUUUUACACAGAGCCUCAGUUCAGCACCUUAUAGGAUGGCUUACUCAGACAACUCCCAGCCUCCCGUGGUCAAGGCAUCGGAGCUGAUUUCAGAGACUUUGGUUCAAAUCUUGAAAGGAGAACCAAAGGAGAAAGUCCCAGGCGUUUGCAGGAACACCAGUCCUCUUGUUCUGUGUCUGUCUGUCUUUCGGGUCACCAGGUUCUGUAAAGUCGACCUCGGAGUUAAAGGCUGGGCCGAGCUGUGUGUCCUGAUUUCCUCAAACACCGCGAUGGACAACAAAAACCUGGAGGAGUUGUCCGCUUCCAUUGACAUCUCACAAUACACCGUGUUGGGUCUGAUGAACCUCUGUGUCCAGUCUUCUGUGGUGGAGCUCGUUCUGCUCGUCCCUCUGCUCUUCAGGCUUAGGCACCCUGGAGCCGAUGCCACCAAACUGGGUCCGACUGUCGAAGAGGAAAACUGGUCCGGGCUUGACCAAGUCAACUUCAUCAGAUUCAGAGAAAACCUGCACUUCCAAACGGACAAAAGAAGGAGGAUUCUCUCAUUGAUCCAGGAGCAUUURUCAGCAGCUGCAGAGAUGCCUCUGCUCCUGCAGGGCUGGUUGACUCUGAUCCCGUCGGUUGAUCUCGCUGAAUUUUCAGAUCUGACAGCAGCGACUUCAGAACACCUGAUCCAGAGUUUGAUGUUCAGACUCCGAAAAUAUGCAGAAAAAACAGAUCUAAACAAAAAUGAGGAAAGCAUAAAGUUUGCUCAUAAAUCUUUGAGACACAUCCUGCUGAAGGUGGAUGGAGACAAGGACAGCUAA